UUCAGUCGUAUUCCAAAGGUGCUUCCGUUCGGACGUUAAGGUGUCGCAAAGAGAGAAAUUUAAUACUAAAUUCAAUCGAUUUUCAUUUCGAAGAAUCUCCAUCUAUCUAUUUUGACAUUAGAGAACGCGAAUAUCUUUAAAAACACGGGUGUUUCAAUUAAUUGUGAAUACAAAGAGGCGAUAUUAGAGAAGGAAAAUAACACCUGUCUAAAUUUCAGGAGUAUCUGUACAACCGUCCGCAAGUGUUUGCUAUUGUUUAAAUUUUAAUUCCACAAAUAUAAAGAAACCAAAUUCCCUGUGCUAGUGGGGUGGCGUGGUGCGGCGCGCAUUGGUCACAUAAAAUUAGAUACAAGUUUUAUCCAUGUGCUUUCUGUUCUACGCUUUUUAAUUGAAGAAAAAUAUUACACGGAAAUAACAAAGUGUGGCACUCACUAUACGGCGCACUCCCAUAACCAAAUUAGUGUCACUUAGCCAUCGGCGUCAAGUUCGCGUGGAGAAAUCCCAGUCAACACACCCCAAGAAGGCGGUGGAAUUACGCUACAACUGCAAAUAUGUCUAGUCAAAAUGCCAAUGGUCACAGUGAACCUGUACAAAUCGACCCUCCCAAAACUAUUUGCUUUGAUGAAAAUGACCAGGGUUUGGUAAUGAGAACUGGUUUGAAAUCAUUGUCUUCCUUGGAUACAUCAAUUCCCUGCUCACCUACAAAAAGUUCCUCACUAAAACGUAACACAAGCUAUGGCAAACUUAUGCCAACUGAAACCAAAGAAACUCGAGUCAGAGUUAUUUAUACCGGCGGCACUAUCGGCAUGGUGAGAAAUGAACGUAACGUUUUGGCUCCUAUACCCAAUGCGUUGAUUAAGCGAAUACGCAAGUAUCCAAAUAUGCACGAUGAAGAAUAUGCUGAAAAACGUUAUGGUCCAUCCGCGUCCAUGGCACCGUUGGUGCUGCCCUUUGUUCAGGGCGAAUGUAAUAGAGUGCUGUAUCAAAUAACGGAAUAUAGUCCACUCCUCGACUCGAGUAACAUGACAAUGAAUGAUUGGGCUAGAAUAGCAAAGGAUAUACAGCAAUCGUACGAGUUUUUCGAUGGCUUUGUCGUCCUGCAUGGAACAGACACUUUAUCCUACACUGCGUCUGCAUUGUCAUUUAUGUUGGAGAAUCUCGGCAAAACUGUGAUAAUUACGGGCUCUCAAAUACCUAUUUUUGAGACUCGUACAGAUGGCAAAGAUAAUUUCACCUCGGCUCUAAUAAUUGCUGGCAAUUAUGUGAUACCGGAGGUUUGUGUUUUCUUUGGCAACAAGCUAAUGCGAGGUAAUCGUACUGUGAAGAUUAGUUCCAAUUCUCUCGAUGCUUUCGAUUCACCCAAUGUUCCACCGUUGGCUCGCAUUGGUAUUAGCGUCGAUAUUGAUUAUCGACUCAUAUUUAGGCCAUGUAAAGUGUCCAAAUUUAAUGUACAUGCGCAACUGGACGAAAAUGUGGGCAUUCUUAGAAUAUUCCCUAGUAUAUCAACAUCCACAUUUCGGGCAUUUCUUGCUCCACCAAUGAAAGGAGUAGUUUUACAAUCCUUUGGGUCGGGCAACGUGCCGGCUAAUCGCAAGGAUUUGCUAGACGAGCUGAAAGAAGCCUGCAGCAGAGGUGUUAUCAUUGUUAAUUGCACUCAAUGUCCCACUGGUGCGGUGGCCGAAAUCUAUCAAACUGGCAAGGUUUUGUUCGACAUUGGUGUCAUAGCCGGUUGUGAUAUGACUCCAGAGGCUGCAUUAACUAAAUUGGCUUAUGUCUUGGGUAAAAGUGAAUGGUCACUGGACAUUAAAAAGCAGAUGAUGCAAUCUAACCUAAGAGGUGAGCUGUCUUCAAGCGCUGGGCCAAGAAUGGAGGAAUACGACUUGGUAGAUGCUGUUGCCCGAUCAUUACAUUUAUCGUCACCGGAAGAAUUAAGUCAACUCGGAGCCACACUUUUUCCUGCCAUGUUAAAUGCCGCCGUUGCUGCAGGCGACAUCCAAAAGAUAAAUAAUCUCAAAGCAUACGGUGCGGAUCUAUCUGGUGUCAAUCAUGACGGCAGAACUGCACUACAUCUCGCCUGUUACAAGGGCAAUCUGGCAGUAGUCAACCAUUUGUUGCUAAACGGAGUGUCAGUACACAUUCGCGAUUUGUAUGAGCGAACUCCUCUGCUGGAAGCUGUUACUACCGACAACCACGAAAUCAUUAAUUUGCUCAUAACGUGCGGUGCUCAUCUCACGGGAUCAUCAAGGGCAGUGGGCGAACAACUGUGUGCGGCAGCAGCCAGAGGUUCUUUGCUCCGUUUACAGUCAUACCAGCUGGCUGGUGCCGACCUUUCGCAACCUGAUCCCUCAGGACGUACUGCCCUGCAUGUGGCAGCACAACAUGGUUUCGAGGAACUUGUGCGUUAUUUAUUAGACUACAUGGACAGUAUAAACGAAACAGAUAUGCUGGGACUUACCGCCAUGGAUUACGCCGAAAAAGCCGACCAUCAACACAUUGUGACAUUACUAAAAAGUCCAACAAAUGGGGCAUAAACACGCCCAUUAGUUAUUGUUAUAAAUUUACACAGACACACAUUUCUUAUUACAUUUAACAAAAACAUUGAAGACAAAAUUCUUUAUAAACAACUAUUGUUUGCUGAGAUACAAAACUAAAAGGUAAAUAAAGGAUGAAAUCUGGGACGCCACUCAAAACAUAA